AUGAUGCGUGAGCGUGUGUGGGAUAGAGGUGUUCAUUUCUCGCGUCGAGGAGUCCAUGACGGCUUCUUCCGACGGUUUUCGUGUCCGGCGCCAGGGUCCUUAUCUCCUCCGUGUUUUCAGACGCUAUCUUGUUGGGAAAAGGUGGCGGCAACGUCGGCUCCCGUGAAGCCGCUAGGCGAGUUUCCUUUUUUCGAGUCCCUUUGCUUCGGAGAGAGUCUCUCCCCAACUGAGUCUGUAGAUUCAGUUCGACGUUUCUGAGAUGUCUUUUCCUCUCUAAAACACGUCGAAGUCGUUAAGAAUCUGACAAUAGACAUCAUGACCCUGAUAUUGUUGAUAAUCUGAUUUCAAAUCAUGUUUUAGACGUUCAAAAUAAGUUUUUAGUAUAUGAAAUCGUUUCUUUGUUUUGGUUCAAAUCAACCGAAGUCGAGCUUUUAUUUUGUUUUCGUAUGUCCUUAGCCUAGAGAGUUUAUUCCGAUUCAAAACCAUCUACCCUUCCUCCGAAAAGGGUAUCCAUCGUGCUAUAAUUUUGCUUAUUUGGCAUUUCAUGAAAAGUCGAAGAUUUUUUUUUGUGAUGGCGCUUUUUUCAUAUCAUCUCUUUAGAAACUUCUAAUCAGUUACUAUGUAAAAAAACGCUGUUUUUUUGACACUGAGUUUCUCUGAUAGUUUUGAAUCCAAAAAGUUCAAUAAUAAAUUUAAAAAUUUUUUUAAUAUUCAAAAAUAAGAAUUGUAACAACGUUUGAGUAUAAAAACAAUAAAGAUAACUAUUCUUACUAGAAGUAUGAGAUUUUUUUUUAGGGUUCCAUGGACUUUUUAUAGGAAUUUUCGAUUUAAUUUGUUCAUUUGUUUAUUCAAUUUUUUUGUUGUACAGUCAGCUCUUUUUUUCGUAACUUUUAUUUUGCGUCAAUCAUUUUUCCGUCUUUCAUAUCUACUUUUUCGUCCUUUUUUGUAAUGAAACCCUCUUGAAACGUCUCAUAGUUUUCUUCCCCUCAAUAAGCUUAACAACAUAGACAUUGCCAUUAUUUGAAGCAAAUUUUUGUUCAAGCCGGUUGAUUCCAAUUACGCAAUUCAAGAAAUCAAGGAAGAAAAAAUAUGUUGCGAUAUCCCGCCACGACGACUAUUCUCGUUUACCGCGGUUUUCGUCUGAAUUGCGAUCACGUAUCAAGUCGAGUGUUGAUAAGGAAGAUCGAAGAAACAUCGGAGGAGGAAAUGGCGCUUUCGGGUUGGAAAACGUUCACAACUUGGCUGAAUCCACUUUUGCUGUGUUCAACGAGGAGUUUUUGGCGGUUGAUUGCGUGAGCGAAUCGUUCUCUCCUUCCGAUGACGAUUGCGGACGUCUUUUAAUGGACACCACCGGUAUUCUCGCUGCAACCGACGUCGAAAGGAAGGAGGAAGGAGCUCGAUGAGAGGAAAUGAGAAUUUUGAACCAAUUGGAAACGUUAAGAUUGAGAAAAACGCAGAAAAUUUCGCUUUAUACUCUUGUUCACUUCUUGGUGGAUAUGGAGAAACUGUGACAAUUUUUCAUUCUCUUAGAGUCUAACGAAUAUUAUCAUUUUUGUCAAAGUUUUUCAAAAGCUCUCUCAUGAGCUUUCAAAGUUCAGUUUUGAGAUGCACGGCUUUUUAACUUUUAGCGUCGAAAAAAUCAGAAAUCAGAUUUACCGAGCACCGAAAAUUGGCUCCAGUUUUUAGCGCUUUUGAAGGUCGAAAAGACUUUUUAAAAUUAUCUCUUAUAGAGUAAAAAAAAAUUGACCGAGCUUGUUUCUUUCGAUUCGCCAUGGCUAAAGUUCAGGCAAUUCAGUUGUAUAGCUCGUUGUGAACCACUAAGAUUUCUGAUCAGCCGAAGAAAUUUAUAUUCAAAAUAAACUUACCGCAUCACUUGUAAUUUUUCCGAAAAUUACAAAUCAACUUUUUUUUUUCUCUCUUUCGUUAAACAAAUUUCUUGUUCAAAAUAAGUCUCCUAAUUUAUUUCUUAAUCUUUCUUUCAAUUUCGGUCUUUGCAGAUCCUCCAGUACCCGAAGAAAUUGUGCUACGCCGCCAUCUUCGACACGUCUCUCUCUACAAUGGCGAAACAUUCGGGUUCCUGCGAUUUUCAGAAAAAAAUAGUAACUAUUAUUUCUCAAGGUAGAAACCAAGGCUGGCCGACAGCUUCUAAAAGGAAUCAGCGGUUUGGCGUUGCCAGCAGAAGUUGUGGCUCUCAUGGGAGCCAGUGGGGCGGGCAAAACGACGCUCCUGAAUACACUGCUUCAGAGGAAUCUUAAAGUCUCUCUUUUCCAGAAAAUGUUGUAAAAAGAAGCUUGAAGGGCCUGAAAAUCGAAGGUGAGGUACUGGUGAAUGGGCAGAACAUCGGAAAAGGGAUCACUGGAGUGUCGGCUUACAUACAACAAGAGGACUUGUUUGUCGGCACCUUAACGGUUUUGAGUCCUAUUUUUCUUUCAUUUUUUCUGGUUUCAGGUGCGAGAACAUUUGGAGAUUCAAGCAAGGUUGAGAUUACCAGGUACUUUCAAGGCUGAGGAUAGGAAGGAACGCGUUGAACAGGUCCGAGUUUUGAAUUUACGGGACGAAGAAUAAGUUUUUAUUUUCUCUCCAGAAUUGUUACCUUUUUAUGUUCUCUGUGUUUUUUUCAAGCUUGAGAAGUCUAAUCCGAUAUCGGCGACUUUUUGCAACGAUUUUCCCAUGAAUAAUUCAAAUCGCCGAGAUGCGAAGCCAUAAAAAUUAUGAAAAGGCAAAAAAGGUGUUGAAGGUGUUGCGCGAGAUGCUUCUCCUCAACGCGCAGACGUCACGCAUCGGCGUGCCGGGCAUCCGAAAAGGGAUUUCUGGUUUGUCUCCUUCUUCUCCUGUACUUUUCGGCCAUCUCGUCCAUUUUUUCCCAUCAUUUUCCAUCUUGUCGCGUACGCUUUGUUUGCCAACUUUUUUGCCGUUUUGAGUCGUUGGCUUCCGUGGCCGCCAAGCGUUAAAUGGCAUGGAUUCUUCAAGCUUUUUGAGGCUUGGAAAAGGAAAAAUGAAGAAAUGUUGCAAAGAAAGAGAAUGAAUUAUCGAAUGAUGAAGGGAAAGUGGGAAUAUUUCCAGAGCCUAAUGGCCAAUUCCAAAAGCUCAUAAUUUCGAAACAGGAAAAAAGAUUGAGACGUGAAAAUAUACUAUGAAAUCAGUUAGCUUUUUUUUUUAAUCUUCCGGGUUGAAGCUGGACAGUUUCCCUUUUUGGUUUGCGUUCAGUGAUUCAAAGAUUUCCUAUAACAUAUUUUGAAUACCUCAUAAUUUCAACUGAAUUAAUAUUUUUUUGUUUUCGACAUCUGAAAACGUUCAGGAGGUGAGAUGAAGCGUCUCGCCUUUGCCACGGAGAUGUUGAUCAAUCCGCCGAUCAUUUUUUGCGACGAACCGACGACGGGACUCGAUUCUCACAUGGCCUUGCAAGUUGUCAAGGUUUCCAAUUUUUUUAGUUUGAAAAACUAUCUAAUUUUUUUAAAAACUAUCUAAUCAUUUUUUUGGGUUGGCUUUGAAAGAUCACGCUCAAAUGCUUUAAAAAAAUUAUUCUGAAAAGACUUUUUUUAUAAAUGUUUUAAACAAGAUUAUUAGUUUUUUCAUUUCUCAGACUUUGGAGUCGAUGGCGGCUGAGCAAAGGAAAACGAUUAUUUGUACUAUUCACCAGCCGUCUUCUGAAGUUUUCGAACUUUUUGAUAGGGUAGUCAGUUCUCCUUUUUCCUGGAUCCAAACUGAUUUUUUUUUCAGGUCGUUUUUCUUUCGCAAGGCCGCGUGGCUUUCCAUGGAGCCACGGACGAAGCUGUUUAUCAUUUCGCCAAUAGCGGAUUUUAUGUACCAAAUCAUACAAAUCCAGCGGAUUACUAUAUCGACGUGAGUAGCCUGUUCGGAAUAAAUGAACGGAUAAGGAUCUGGAAAUCAUAAUAACUGAGAAUCAUGGGAAAAGUUGGAAUGUGCGAUAUAAAUGAAGUCUUGAGAAGCUCUUUUUCAUCUCCUAGUCGAUCACAUCUGAGACUAAAACAGAAAAUAAGUAUUGUAUUACACUGUUGUGAGUUUUUUUUUUCUAAAACUUAUAUUUUUUCCUCACAGACCCUCGCCAUCAACCCGUUACGCGUUGAAGAGAGCAAACACCGGGCGAACAUCAUCUGCGAUAGGGUGAGCCGCGACGCGACCGCUUCGAACCCCUUCCACUUGCAGUUCGCCUCCUCGAAGUACAACAAACGGAUGACGACGAUGAUGGAUGCAGCGUGUGAGAAACGACGUCUUCACGCUCACGUCGGGGCCUCGUUUUUCUCGAUCCUUUUUGGGUUACUGUAUCGGUAAGAGUGAGCUAUGUUUUAGCACCUGGAAAUUUUUACUAUAAUUGUGAAGUCACCUAAAGCCAGUUCUUUCCAUGACAUCUUGGUGCUUGGAAAUACGAUGAAUGACGUCAUUGGUUUUUUUUUUGAAGUUGUCAAUAAUAUGUUUGAGCUCGCGUCUAUGUAGUUUGUUCCUUAGUUUUCAUACCCUCUUGAUUUUGACAGAGUAAGAGAUGAGAUUUCGCAGACUAAAGGAAUGAUGGCAUGAGACUUUACUGAGUUUCAGACAGAUUAGUUUUUUUUUUCAAACUUUUGCUUGAUUUUCUAUCAAAAAUCGAAAAAAGAGAUUUUAUGGUUUUCUAUGCUUUCCAACUUUUUCCAGUUACACUCUGGACAACAUUCGAAAUCCGGCGAUACUCAAGGCGAAAUUUUUCCAAAAGAUUUUUAUGGGAGUUUUCUGUGGGCUGCUUUUCAGAAACAUUAGGAACGAUCAGGUAGAUUUUUUGAAGAGGAACAAGUUUAUCGAAGUCACUAAAAGGCCUUGAAACACAGUUUCUGGAUUCUGAAUUGAUUGAAGGACGGAGUGAUAGUCCUGAAAGGCGCGCUGUUCUACUGGUGCUCAGAACUGACCUACUCGACUAUGUUCGGAAUCCAGGCUUUCAUGCCCUCUGACUAUCCGAUUGUCGUUCGCGAGUACGACGAUCGGAUAUAUCCGAUUUCGGCGUAUUACCUGGCGAAGGUGCUUGUUUUCCUAGUUAUUCGAGGAUCUUGACUUCUCUCCAGAUUCUCUCAUUCUUGCCAAUUUUCUCGAUUGAUGGGAUGAUAAUGGUGACUCUGUCGUAUUUCAUCGUUGGUUUACCUCUCGACUCGAUUGUUUUCCUCAGGGUUUUGAUAACUUGCAUCUUUAUUGAGUGCAAUGUUGUCUCCUUGGCGAUUGCCGUCUGUUCGGUAAGAGUUUCGAUUCGUGCGGAUAAUUGAGGAAGAUGUUAAAAUGAAAAAGAAGAUAUCUGGAAAAAUUCAGAGAGUUCAAAACGUCUGCCUAAAAAAAUUUUUAUUGAAUAAUCCGUUUUCUUUUGACAAAAAUAUUUUUUUCUCCCACGCUUUUGAUGAAAAUUGACUAGAGUUUACUUUAAACUUCCUGCUUCCAAAAUAAGAAAAAAAUGUCUCGCCAUAGAUCUUUUUCGAAUGACGCUUCAAAGUUCAUAAAAUAAUCGAGUUCUGAAGGCCCUUCAGCAAAGUUUUGAUAAUCUUCUCGAAUAGCUUUUGUUUUAUCCGUAAUACUAGAAUCACAAAAAGUUUUGUCAAAUUCUGGUUAAGAUUGCUCCAUCGUACUCGGUAGCGGUGACCAUUUCCGGACCGGUUCUCACCAUUUUCUCGAUGACUGGCGGUAUCUUCACCAACACUGAAUUGAUGCCGGCUUGGAUCAAAUGGGUCCAAUACCUUUCAUGGUCUCAUUGGCAUUUCACUUUCAUAAGACGAGCAAAUAUCCAGGUUCCGUUUUGGAUAUGAAGCGUUGGUGGUGAACGUGUGGGCUCAUGAGGACUACGACGACUUGAGCUGCAAAAACAGUGAAAACGUCCUUCUGCAACACUGUGAACCGUCUGGAGACCAUGUUAUCAAGGUUGGUCAAAUAUAUAAACCGCUAGAGUUGGAGCCAGCAGGUGCGGUUUUCGACCUGCCGACUUGUUUUCCUGCCAAGUUUUGAGAUGACUCAAUGGGUUAGACGGGUGUCUAAUGAACCCGAUUACGCAUUAAUUUGUACUAAUUAGUAAUCUGAGCACAAGGCUCUGUCUCUUUAUCCUGUUUUGGGAUUGUUAUUUAGAAAAAUAAGGGAAAAAACAACUUUCAAGCUGAACAGAAAUCGGUUUUUGUUCUUUGUCCUACAUAAAACAAUUGGUACGUCUAGUUUGAUCUUCAUGGGGUUUAUGCCGAUUCCUAAACUAUGAAAUAAUGAAAAAAGUCUUGAAUUAUUUGAUAUAGUUUAUCGCACAAGGUUUUUCGAAUUCAACUGCAAGGUGACCUUUAAUUGAAUUCGGGGGAGUUUUGAUUACAUUAUUCCAAAUUUUUAGAAAAUCGGCUUGGUUUUUUUAAAAUCUUUUCCGAGGACUUUCAAAUAAGUUUUAGAAGUUGCUAAAGAGCUUUUCCGGUCAUCUGAACGUUUUGAAUCGUCUAUAGGCUUAUUUUUGGUCUUUUUGGCCUUUUCUAGAUUUUUUGAUUGAGCAGGAGCGCGUAAGUUCGACUUCUGACGUCGGCUAGUUUUCUUUUUUCGUUUUUGCCGGUCAUUUGAAUUCUCAUUGCGAUAGCUUAUGUAAUAAUUUAGCUGGGAAUAUUUUUUUUCUGAGAAUCCGGUCAAACGAGUUUAUUUCCUUUUUUUUUCUUUUCUAACUAGUUUAGUAGCUCGCUUUCCCUACUGAUUUUGCACUCCUUGUUCCCAGUCUCAUCAUUUUUUCUAAGAAAUUGUUUUAUUUCACCCUUUUUCACUCUCACAGUCACGUUUAGUCGGUUUUUUGGAUUCUGGAAAAGUUUCUGCAACUUGAUUUUUUUAUCACGAGGUUUCGCUUUUUUCGUGUGAAGCUGAGGUUUGUAGCUGAGAAUGGGAGCCUGAUAAGCUUGAAUGGGCUUUUGCAAUGAUUAAUUUUAGCUAUGGAGAACGUCUAGUGUACAGAAAUCACAAAGAACCUUUCUUUUUUAUUGGUGUUUGGGUUCAAAAAUGGACUGAUUAUUUUCAAUCGGAUAAAUGAAGUUACGGAGAAUUUUCAAAGAUAACUGCAUCGAGUUGUUUGAGAAUUUAGGUACAUGAUAAACGAAUUUCAACGGGAUCUUUAUCAACAUGUUUAGUAUUAACUUAUUUUUGAUCUAACGCUCUCUUUUCCCAGUUGUUUGAUCCAUUUCCUCAAGUUGCGAUAAUCUCCGAACUCUUUCUUCCUUUUUCUUAUUUUUUUACCUUUUUUUAUAGGACAUGUAGAAGUGAAAGGGGCUUUUUGGAAAAACUGCGAUGUCUGAAAAAAAUUAAUUUUGUUUUUAAAUGUAGAUUUAAAAAUUCGAAUUGAACAAAGUUAACCAAAAGUUUAUGUUAGCAAAAAGAUGGAAAAAAAUCAUCUUGAAAGUAUUUUUUUUCUUAUGAGUUUUUUUCUCUUUUUUUGUUCAUCUAGUGUUUCUUUUUCCUAAACUUCCGCCCACCCUUGGUCUAUCUCAAUUCCAGAACCUCAACUUCGACGUCGACAACCUCUACUUCAACUGGCUCGCCAUGUUCUAUCUCACUAUCAUUUUCUACAUAAUCGGAUAUCUUGGUCUUGUCAGAAGAGCUAUGUGUAAUCGAUAAUCUGCCUUCGACGCCAUUUUCCCUCUAUUUUCUCUUUAAUUUUUGUGUGUUUUGAAUCGAAUCGUUCCAUUGAAUGAAGUGCUUUUCGUGAGAAGGAUUCUGAACCUCUUUUUUUUCGUGGGAGUGAGAAUGGACAGAUUUUUGGGCGGCGCCUGGGUACGGCAACCAGGAGUUUCCACCUGUCUUUGCUGGGACUUUGCUCAGAAAAUCUCAACAAGAAGUUUUUUGUUUCUAUAUGUUCGAAAGCAGCUGUUCGGCUUUUUUUUGACACCUUUACGUUUUCUAAGUUUCCUGAAAGAUUUUUUAAUAUCAGAAGUGUUUUUUGGACAUUCAAAACUCUUUUGUAGCUCUCUUUCAUUUUCUCAUUCAUCCAAUUAAUUUUUUUUUUUGAAGACGACAGUUUAUGAAUGGUUUGAACUCAAAUUUUUUUCCAAAUAUUAUUCUUAUUUUAAGGUUAAUUUAUUCGUUUCCGAAUUUAAGUAAACUUAUUUCACUAUAAAAAAAUUAAAUUAUCUUUUGGCACCUAUUCAAAAAUUUCAACGUUUUUCCGAUUUUUUUCUUCUGAACGUGAGUUUUGAAGAUCAACAGACAUCUUUCUACAAAAUUUCCAUUUGUAAACAAGCUUCUUUAUUUUGAAACUUGUCUUCUUUGGAAGAAUCAUAGGUGUUAAAGUUGCUUCUAUGUUUUUUUGGUUUUCAAAAAAACAGGAAAAAAAUAUCUUUUUAUAUCUUCAAAUAACAGUGAGACAUUAGACAAACAUUUAUAAAAAAAUUCAUUUUUUUCAGCUGUCUUGGUUAUUUAUUUCAAACCAAUUGGAGCUUUCAGUAGGAAGGUCUCUGGGCUAUACGACUAGAAAGUUUUCUUGACGUGUUUCUUUUUUUUUUAGCAUCAGUUCAAAUAGUUCAGCCCAUCUUUUUCCCUUAGUUGUCCGAACUCAUAUCUAAUUCUCAAUAAUAAGGAAAUUUUCGAACUUUCAAAGACUAUUUGUUAUUGAAAUUAGUCCUCUCGCUCUCAACUCUUUUUUCAAAGUCUCCAAAUGAAUUAGACUGUCAAUGUCUCAGAAAUGUCGACGCCAGUCCCGUCGUCUGCUCCCUUCGAGGAUCGUCCAGUUACUCUGGACCUCGUACCGGUGCCGAUGAUAGCCUCGACGAUGUUUCUGUCGCUUGUCGGCGUUUUUGGAAACUUCAUGAUUGUCCUGGCCACAGUAACCACGAAGGCUCUGCACAAUCGUUGCAACUUCUUCAUCGGCCUUCUGGCCGCGUCUGACUUCGUCGUUUGCUUGUAUCUGGUUAGUUUUGGGGCUAAAAUGCAAAAUUUUAUGAAGGCUUCUGAGAAGAAGUAGAUCAAGAAAUUUUCAAGCUAGUUCCAAUAUGAAUUUUGCAAGAGAAAAUAAAGGGAACUUUCACGGAUUUUUUGCAAUGUUUUUUUCACUUUCUUCUUUCGUUUUUUGACAAAAUAAUUAUUUUUCCCAAGAAUAACAGCCUAUGAUCUUGGUUUUUCGAUAACAAAGAGAGGUUCUCAGCAUUUUUGUUUUGUAGCCAAAGUAUUCUCAUUAUGAAUCACAACAAAAAUUAACCCAGGAAAGCGGAACUUUUCCCAAAUGUUAUUAAAUGGUUUAUUCAUAUAGCAAGCCUUAACUUUUUUGUUUAACUGUGACCAAAAUAAGGGAAAAGAAAGCGAAGCCGAAAUCGUUAUUUCGACGUUUCAAAGACCGAUGCUCAUUUUGAUAGUAUGUAAUCAGUAAAAAUCCGAUUAUGAUUAAAAAUAUUUCUCAGAGGGCUUUGAUCCUAAAUAUAAAUUUUCGAAGCGGGCGGUUUCAUCACAAUCAAAACUAUUCAUUAUAUGUUACAGAAAGUGGUCAGUUUUCUAAUGACUUCUUUACUAGAACUAUUCCUCUUUGGAAUAAACUAACUUCUUAUUUAGAUUUUAACGUUACCCCAGAAACUCUUCCUUUUGAAGCUUUUCAUGAAAAUAUCACCUCUCGUCUCCUAUGAAUUUGUCAUAUUUCCGGGUACCUGUCAACUCGUUGGGGUUGACUCUUUCCCGUGUAUUGUUAUUUCUCUGCCUAUCCAUCACUUGAUCAUAUAUUCUUUGAUUUUUUUUUUCUGCUAAAUAACGGCAGUGAAUAAACUAUAUGAGGUAAAGUGGUAGUUGAAUGCCUCCAAGUGCUACUUCAAUGAUCCAUUGUUCUGAAUAGACGGAAAUGCGGUCAAAGUUCCAAAAUCUUUUCAAUCUUCGAAAAAAAAAAACCAAAGAAACUAAUCACGGUUCGGAGUUUCAUGUCUUUGAAAGUUUCUUAAUCAAAAAUCAUUCUCAAUUGAAACUUUGAUUUUUCUUUUUUGGCCACGCCCGAAAUAGCGAACAGCGCAAGGGAAUUUGAUUAUAAAUGGCAGUUAAUAGACACAAUAAGUUCUAUUCAAAGUUUCGAUUGUUUUGAAGCAAGAUUGGGUUCGUUCGCGAAAUUCAUUUGAUAAUUGUUGAGCUUUGAACUUGUUUCGAGAAGGAAGCUGAGAAAAUUGAUGGAAAAAGGCAUUAAGAAAGCAAAGGUUGAAAAAAAAUAAUAAAUUAGCUAGAAAAUCAAACUUGAGAAAAAUUUAGUCUUUUUUUAAUUUCAGGUUCAACUGCGAAUAAUGAUGUUCGCCAAAAUGUACAUGUUGACCAGUUCUCAGUGUUUUUUGUGGUCUGUUCACGGCCUUUUUGCAUUGAAUAUGCAGGCCGCCCUGGGUCUCGUCAUUGGCUUUGACCGUCUCAUUGCUGUCUGCAUCCCUCUAAGGUUCGAUUCCAGUUUUCGACCAAAAAAAGACCGGAAAAAGAAACUAGAACGAAUUUUUAAAUCAGCUUUCGAAAAAAGCAAGUUCAAAUGUCCGUCUUUCACAGAUACGCGCGUAUUCCACAAGCCGUUUACGUUGCCUUCCUCGUCUUUUGUACAACUUUUUCAAUAGUCCUAACAGCAGUCGGAUUCAUCGAUUCAAAUGGUUUGGCUACUUUGCAUCCUUCAAAUGACGUCACCGUUUCUUCUCAGAUGACGUCAUCGUACCGGUGUGCCUUCCCCCGAGUGCCUACAAUCCGUUGUCUCGCGGUCUUUGGCUAGGCGCCAGCGUUCUUGUCGCAGUAGCCGUCGUCUUGGUAUACAGUGGAGCGCACAUUCGGUGCAAAAUCCUGAAGUGUGGGAAUUAUCCGCAAAUAUUCUCCAAUUUCUACGAGUUUCAGCCCGCAAAGUCCAUGAAUCCACGGUGGAGAAGGUCAACAAAGUGCUCACAUCAUUGACUAUUGUCAUUUCUGUCUAUUCGUCGACCUGGUUUUUGACCAUUGCGGCGUUGGUUGUCACUCAGGUAUUGAUUAUCAAAUAUUCACCUUUUAUUGACUUUUUUCCAGUUCAUGAAGCUGCCGCAGUCGGCCGUAACUGCUAUAAACCAGCAGCUCGGGUGGUUGGUGAUUAUCAAUGCGUCGCUGAACUUCUUCAUCUAUUUUUGGAGGGCUCCUGAGUACAGGUAAACAGCGGCCUCGGUGGGAGGUUGAAAAGAGUUUUGAACUUUGGGAUCAUUGAAAAGAGAGAUAUUUUCAAAUUUUGUGAGAAUUUUUUUUGAGGAAAGCCUUCAUCUCUAUUCUGCGUUGCAACUCCCUGGGCCGGCAGUUCGACUCGAAUGUCAGCCGCGCGAGUUUGGCUCGACGACGUUCGAGGACUGUCACGAACGCCCACUGA